CUGGAUUUCUGGCUGACUGGCUGGCUGGCUGGGGAAAUCUGGCCGCAUCCACGACGAGCACCCCAGCUGGAGGCGACUUGUGCUCAACCUCCUUCUCCCGUGAUACCCACGACGACUUUCCCUCCCACACACGACCGCUCACACCACCCCCCGAGCUCAACACACGUCACUCGCAGACUCCCACACAGCAAUUCACAAUGGCCGACCAACUGCAAGAGUUCCUCGACGUCCCCAAGGACUUUGUCAGGGAGGGCACUCAGUUCAUGACCCGGUGCACCAAGCCCGACCAGAAGGAGUUCAUCAAGAUUUGCCAGGCUGUUGGCAUGGGCUUCCUGAUCAUGGGCGCUGUUGGUUACAUUGUCAAGCUCAUCCACAUCCCCGUCAACAAUGUGCUCGUCGGUGGCGCGUAGAGUCGAGAUCCUGCCGAACAAGGGUGUAACAAUAGCAAAAAUCAUGGACAAAAAUACGGGCUGCUAAGGGGGUGCGCCGGUUCUCGAAGGGUCAUCUUUAUUGCAUCUACGAUACCACAAACACGCAAAUUAAUGAAAUCUCGAGCUUUUGGCAAGUGAGCACCACCACGGGCACGACGAAGGGAUCAGCUUUGAUGCGCCAACGACGAUGUUCCAAAGGUUCUUGACAGGUUAGGCAAUUGCAACUCGAAUGAAGGCCAUGCCAUCCUCACAGUGGUGUCGAAGUCACGGCGGUCAAUAAAUGCAGCAAUCACAGCAAGGAGUUAUUAAGCGGAGGCGAGGAUCGCUUUUGUAGCAUCACAUGCAUUACUGUAAUCCGAAGCAGCACAAUUCCAUGUCCGAAACUAGUCAGGUGUGCCUCAUGCCGUACCACAGGCGACCGUCUAAC